AUGCAGAAUCAGGAUGGGGUCCAAGCGGAUGGGGAAGUGGAGUCUGCAACAUCAGUUCCGACCCCUGAGUUUGAUGAGUGGGCAAAUUUUGGGGACCAAGAUAUCAUGCAGCAGCACUCUGCAAUUCGAGCUGAGGAGGCUGAGAAAAUUCCCUUUCUGGGGGACAAGGCAAUACUCGAAACUCAAGAGAUCAACCUUUACGCUAUCUUGUUGGAGAAAAUAAAGGUUCUUGGUGAACAAUAUGCUGCCAUUCGCCGAACACGGGGAGAUGGGAACUGCUUCUUCCGCAGUUUUAUGUUUUCAUAUCUUGAGCAUAUUUUGGAAUCACAAGAUCAAAGUGAAGUUGACCGUAUCAAGGCCAAUGUUGAACAGUGUAGAAAAACACUUCAAAGCUUGGGUUAUGCAGACUUUACUUUUGAGGAUUUCUUUGCGUUAUUCCUUGAGCAGCUGGACAGUGUUCUUCAAGGAAAUGAAGCAUCCAUAAGUCAUGAUGAGCUCAUACUUAGGAGCCGAGAUCAGUCAGUAUCCGACUAUGUUGUGAUGUUUUUCAGAUUUGUUACCUCUGGUGAAAUACGGAAACGUGCAGAGUUUUUUGAACCUUUUAUAUUAGGAUUGACCAAUGCAACCGUAGAGCAGUUUUGCAAGUCAUCAGUGGAACCAAUGGGUGAAGAAAGCGACCAUGUGCACAUCACUGCCUUGUCAGAUGCAUUGGGCGUGCCAAUCCGUGUUGUGUACCUUGACCGUAGUUCGUGUGAUACUGGUGGUGUUAGUGUGAAUCAUCAUGAUUUCGUCCCUGCUGGAAGUGAUCUUCCAAAUGCUAGUGGGGGCUCUGAGAAAGCAAUUGGAAAUGUCCGGGUUAGUGAUCGAGACAAGAUGAAUGUGUUGGCAAAGAGCUGUAAGGGCCAAAGCUCUCUUUUAGUUGGAGAAUGUAACUUUGUUCUGAAAUGUUAA